AUGACUGAUACUUCCCCUGACCGCAUCCCAUUCUCGGAGCCACCUUACCUCCGUGGUCUCCCUUCGCCCUAUAUCACACCUGCGCACCUUCGGUUCCAGCAAGCAUGCCGUAAAUUUGCAACUGAGAACCUGAUUCAGCAUGCUCUCCAAUGGGAGCGCGAGGGAACAGUUCCCGCACAUGUCUUUGACACAUUCUGCAAGCAUAACAUGCUGGUGCCCAACAUGCCAGCCCCAUUGCCCGUGGAUUGGCUGAAGCGCCUAGGAAUUCACGACAUCCUAGGUGUCAAGGUUGAGGACUGGGACUACAUCUACACUGGAAUCUACUGUGAUGAGAUGGCCCGUUCCGGUCUCAGUGGCCCCGGCGGCUCUCUCAAUGCUGGAUUUGCGUUCGGAAUUGCACCAAUUUACAAGUUCGGCAGCAAGCAACUGCAAGAGCGUUUCUUGCCCGAGCUACUCACUGGUAAGAAGCGAGGAUGUAUCGCUAUCACAGAGCCCGAGGCCGGCAGUGAUGUUGCGAAUAUCACCACCACUGCAGUCAAGAGCGCCGAUGGCAAGCACUACAUUUUGAACGGCUCCAAGAAAUGGAUCACGAACGGUAUCUGGUCAGACUAUGCCACCAUGGCCGUGCGCACCGGUAAGCCAGGAGCCGCCGGUCUGUCCGUGAUGGUUGUGCCUCUGAAGGGCCACCCCGGUGUCAUAAUGCGCCGCCUCAAGGUCGGGGGUCAGAUCACCGGUGGAACCACUUACAUCGAGCUUGACGACGUCAAGGUUCCGGUGGAGAACAUCAUUGGUAGGGAGGGCGAUGGCAUGCGUAUUAUCAUGACCAACUUCAACCACGAGCGUCUCGUCAUUGCCGUUGGCGUCACUCGCCAGGCUCGCGUGGCCUUGUCUGCCGCUUUCUCGUACUGUCUCAAGCGCGAGGCCUUCGGAAAGACACUCAUGGAGCAGCCCGUGGUUCGACACCGUCUGGCCAAGGCAGGUGCUGAGCUUGAAUCCACGUGGGCUUGGGUUGAGCAGAUCCUCUAUCAACUGACUCACCUCAGCAAGGAAGAGGGAGAUCGCCAGCUUGGUGGCUUGACGGCGUUGCUUAAGGCGAAGUCUGCUAUGGUACUGAAUGAGUGUGCUCAGACGGCCGUAUUGCUGUUCGGCGGUGCUGGCUUCACCCAGACUGGCCAAGGUGAACUUGCUGAAGCCAUUCUUCGCGAUGUUCCUGGUGCUCGUAUUCCUGGAGGCUCGGAAGAUGUGUUGCUCGACCUGUCUGUGCGUCAACUGGUCAAGCUCUACCAAGCUGAAGAAAAGAAACUCUCGAAGAUCGCCAAGAUUUGA